CAGGCUGGUUUAGCGAAGGGUUUAAUUCCCCCGCUGGCUGCAGCAGCUCUGCCCCCCACAGCCCCAUGAGCCAGGGGAGCUCCGCCCUGCUCAGGCUGACGGGACACGAGGCUGGGUUAUUUGCUCCAGCUUCGCUCAGGCUCUCAGCAGCAGCUUAGUGGCACUAGGACCCUUGAGAGCUUCAGGGGGGCUCUGCUUUCCCUAUUAGGAGUGUACACAUGUCACCACUCUCCCCACAACAGCUGUACAGAGCCGGGUGCUUGAGCCUGACUGGCCCGCUUAAAAAUAGCCACAACCCUGUGCUCUCUGUGAAUGCCACAGAGAUGGCUGCUGCCUGCCACCCACCCACCCGAUUCCACCACGUCCAUGGCACCAACAUCCGCCUCGACCCCUCGCACACUCAGGCCACCAGGGUGGAGAGCUUUGCCAACGGGCUAUGUUUCAGCCAGGAGCCCCUUGAGCCUGGACAGAUCUUCCUAGUGGAGAUUGAGGAGAAGGAGCUGGGCUGGUGUGGCCACUUGCGGGUGGGGCUAACAGCACAGGACCCAAGAAGCCUGGAUGUGGUGCCAGAGUAUUCGCUCCCAGACCUGGUCAGUAUGGGGGACACUUGGGUUUUUGCCAUCACCAGGCAUCACAACCGUGUUACUCCAGAUGGCUCGGAGGCUCGGGUCCAAGGCUUCCUCUCAGAACCCUACCUGCUCAUAGAACAAGUCAGGAUUCCCCGAGACAAGCUGGUGGGACGGAGCAGGCCCAGCCCGUACAGCCACAUGCUGGAUGACUUGUACAAGACAAAUGUGCUGCCCCCGACAGCCCGGAGGAGCAGGAUUGGGGUGCUGUACGCCAUCCGGUCUGACGGAAUGGCAGACAUGCACAUCAUCAUCAAUGGAGAAGACAUGGGACCGAGUGCCAGGAGCCUCCCUGCCUCCCGCCCACUCUAUGCAGUGAUCGAUGUCUUUGCUUCAACCAAGAGUGUCCGUGUCAUCCAAGUGGAAUAUGGCUUCCCUUCCUUGCAGACCCUCUGUCGACUGGUCAUCCAGAAGCACAUUGUCCACCGAUUGGCCAUCGAUGGGCUGGACCUGCCUCCACUCUUGAAGAACUUCUGCAAAUAUGAAUGAGAUGGCAAGAUCUCCCUCAGC